AAUACAGAUCUGACAUAAUUUCUUUUUUAUAUAAACUAACAACUAGAUUAACUGCAUACAAUGAUGAAAAAAACAAUAUUUACAAUAAUUACAGCUCAAAGACAAUAAAGUAACAUGAAUAUUUUUGAAUACCAAAGAAAUCAUUAAUUUGGAAAAGCCUGAAAAAAAAUAAUAUUUCUUUAAUGGAAUUAUGAUAGCAGCUAAUUUUAUAAGCCAACUUUUUAGACAACAUCCGAAUCAUAUAAAUUUGUAUCGUGGAUUUUCAAAAGCAUCCGUGAUGAAUAACUGUAGACUUGCUCAAGAUACAUUUGUAUUAAGACAGUUAUUUGAUAAAGAAUCAUGGACAUAUACUUAUCUAUUGGCUGAUUAUGUAGCAAAGGAAGCAAUAAUUAUUGAUCCAGUUAUCGAACAGGUAAACCGUGAUCAUUCAAUACUUAAACGACUUGGUUUGAAUCUUUUAUACUGUGCCAAUACUCAUGUACAUGCUGAUCAUGUGACUGGAACUGGUGAACUAAAGAAGUUAAUACCAACAUGUGAAAGUAUUAUUUCUCUAUGUAGUGGAGCUCAAGCAGAUAAAUAUGUGAAAUCGGGAGAUGAAAUACAGUUUGGAAGAUACUCUGUUGAAGUUAGACAAACUCCAGGACAUACUAAUGGUUGUAUUACAUUUGUUUGUCACGAUGAAGCAAUAGCAUUCACUGGAGAUUGCUUAUUGAUUGGUGGUUGUGGACGUACUGAUUUUCAAGAAGGUGAUGCCAAAACUUUAUACAAUUCUAUUCAUGAACAAAUAUUUUCGUUACCAGAUUAUUAUAAAGUAUAUCCUGCACAUGAUUAUACGGGUCAAACCGUUUCAACAAUUGGAGAAGAAAAGACUUAUAAUCCACGUCUCUCAAAGUCUUUAGAUGAAUUUAUUGAAGUGAUGAACAAUUUAAAGUUAGAUUAUCCAAAAAAAAUUGAUAUUUCUUUACCAAUCAAUUUGAAAUGUGGUAUUCAAGACGAAUUAAAGAACAAUGAUUGACAAUUUUAUUUUAUCAUGAUAAUAUAAAAUAUUGAAUUUAAAAUUAAAUAAUUACUUUUCAAAA